AUGUUGAAAGGAAUUCAUGUGACAAUAGUUGUUGAACUAUUCGUAGGAAUACUUAUCUUUUUUAGUUUCACCGCGUACGUGCUGAAAUCUAAAAGUUUGGGGAACAGUGGUGAAAGCGUAAGGGAUAUAGUUAUCCCUAUGUUGGAACUAGUUCCAAAGACGAGUUUUAUUUUCCCAUGGACGUUUAUCACUGGUGCAUUUACUGAUGUUAAUAUCAUUCAAUUCCUCAUAGGUGCUGCUAAUAUCUUUUUUGGAACUGCUUACACAGAGAAACAGUGGAAUUUAGAGGAGAAUGUUGACGGUAUACAAUUUUUCAGUGCUGGCUUUAGUGAAACCAUCACGUAUUUGCUAGUGUCAGCAUUUUUUACCAAUUUAUUCACUUGUCUGAUCAAGGUCAUUGUGGCUACUGCUAGCAGUAGUUACGAUCCUUUGGUGCCUGUCAAUCAUGGAAGUUUUGUAUUUUUGAUGCCUUUUCUAGUCGUACUCAAGCAGUACUCUCCUGAGCAUCAAGUGAAAUUCCUAAACCUUAGGGUAAAACAGAUUCCUUUUAUUGUACUGGUUUUGUCGCUGUUUAUUUCGAUCGUUUUGCAGAAGUUAACUCCAUUUCUACCGAUUUGGAAUAGUUUCCUAGUUUCAUGGACUUACCUACGAUUUUACCAAAGACUCAACGUUAUCAACGAUGUUCUACCAGACAACACCAAAAAUUCAAUUCAAGGUGAUGCGUCUGAUACGUUCAAUUUCAUGCAGUUCUUUCCCGCUCCUCUUCACAAAUAUUUGAAACCACUGUGUCGCAUAUUCUAUCAUUUGCUAAUCCUUUUUGGCCUAAUCAAAGGGUUCAAUGACGAUGAGAGAGAAUCUGGCAACUUGAGGAGUAUUAGACGAAUCAAUAAAACUUCUCAAUCAAGAGAUAUUGCAGAAAGAAGACGACAGGUAGCCUUAAAAGUAUUAGAAGAGCGUCUUGGUAACGACGAACCCCAAUCCCCUGAGGACCAAGCAGUUGACAACCACAAAACUGAAGAGACUACUAAAACAGAGGUCUCUGUUGCACAAAGUGUAUGA